AUGCCUGAUACGAGUAUGUCAUCUCGGCAAUACUCUCAUGAGCCUGAUAUUUUGUAUGAUUAUACAUGGGCCAUUAAUCUGCCCCAUUCAGCAGCAAAACUUGCUGGUGCCUUGAACCUUUCAACAACAGAUGAGCUAUCAGCAUUCUGUCUUAACGCGGAGACUCGGAGAAUUAUUACGAUGUAUUGGGAGUCGUUGGAGUCGUGGAAGUCCAGAAGCACUGAUUUUCGUGUGCUCUGGCUACAGUCUCAAGAUGGCCAUGGGUAUGCCAGGACAGAUCCUGCGCCCCUACAAAUCGACAUGCAGAAUGGGAUUGGCAAAAUCCCCAAACGUGUAUUCGAACACUGGUGUGAAACUUGGCUCAUACGUCUGGCCCCGACGCUAUUCCCCCGCUGCAAUCUCGACACGACUCCCCAAAUGCUUGAUGCAUAUGACUAUUUUCAUGCACUCUGCGUGAUUCGUUGGUCAGAAUAUCAGCGUCGGUGGAUAGAAAAAUGUACGUUAAACUGUCCCACGAAACUCGCAGAUCGGAAGGUGAGGUGGCACCGCGAGCCUAGUGGUGACAGACUCGGUACUCAAUCCCCCGUAUCCCCCAUCGUCAUUGGCAUUGAAGAGCCAGCAACACCACUGGCUCCCACAAACACACUUGAGCCCAAGCAUGCACUUCCGGCCGCCUCGGUGGGCGAUAAUACUGGUUUACCUGAACAAGGACCCAUCGGUGAUUACACCGGCGCUCGUGAAAUGCUAUAUCAAUUUGCUGGCAAGCUAUGCGAGCAAUUCCAGCAGGUCCAAAUCUCAGCUUCGUCAUAUCCCGCUGAAAAAGGUGAAAAUGCCAGUACUCAGUUCGCUGAUAUCGAUGGGUUGGUCGAGAAAUAUACCAAGACACUUGAACGGAGCUGCAUCGGGGUCAUCGCCGCCAAUGAUAAGUCUCUUGGCCAAAUUACUAACCACUGUACCCAAAUGGGAAACCAGAGCGUUGGGGAGACUGGCCGUGGAGAAGAGAUUGGCUCUGGCCGAGACACUGGCCUUGGAGUAAAGCACUCUGGCAAAUGUUUCCAAACCGCUCCAAAGACGCAAGUCAGCCGACGGAACAAUGGUGUUUCCAAAAUCAGAACUCGACCAUCGAAGGUUCUCAACGCAGGAUUGAAUGAACAUAUCCAGGCGGCAUUGAAUUCGAAAUUGGCAGGUACAUCGAACACGCGAGAUCAGUUGGAUUCGGUCAACUCGAGCACGGCAAUCGAGUUAGACUCGGUAAUCGAAAUUGAUUUGACAAAAGACUGA